UGUAGUGGAGUCUCGUAGUCCGUAGACGACCCUCGUAGUUCCAUAGAUGUUAAAUGAAUGGAUACCGAGCGAUUUUUGUGAUUAAUUAAAAGCUUUUUAUUUACAGUAUUAACGUCAACUGCUGCUGCAUUUUAUCAUAUUUAAAUCGUACUAUUAUUUAUUGAUUUAACUCUUAAGUUGGUUUAAUUGAAUUUAGCGUGGCGGUCAAAUGAGUACCGAUGGAGAGGAGUCAACAUCUCAACAUAGGCGAAAGAGAAAAGUUCGCCGAUUAGAGGAUGACAGUCCGGCUAGUAGUACUUCCAGUGGGAGUCCCAUUAUCGGUGGUUCCAAUCGGUUAAGGAGAAGGAACAUCCUUGAAUUAGAGUCAGAAAACAGUGAUGAUAGUUCCGAGGAGGUUGUGGUAAAAAGAAAGAAAAUUGGUGUCAUAAAUACGGACUCUGAGUAUUCAAGCGAAGACAAUUCCAGUCCGAUUGCACACAGGCCGAUGGCCUUUAGGGUCAGGAUGCAACAAGUCAUCGACUCAGAUUCCGAAGAGUCAGAGUCUGAGGGGUCUGAUAUCAUCAUUUGUCCAAGGAGGGUGGGGGCCCUCAACUCGGCAAUCUUGUCGGAUUCCGAUGAGUGGGAGACGGAUUAUUAUGAUUCAGAGGAGGUGCCCAAAAAGGCCGAAGAGGGUGACAACACUAAGAAAUCUAAAGGAGCAGAAUCUGAUUCGAGUGACAGUGACGGUCAAUCUGAUAAGUGCCCGAUCUGUCUUCUGUCAUUUAAAUUACAAGAGGUGGGUGUUCCUGAAAACUGUGAGCACACUUUCUGCUUGGAAUGUAUACAGGAGUGGUCGAAAAACAUGAACACCUGUCCUGUCGACAGGAAAGAGUAUCACUGCAUAACAGUAAAAAAAUGCAUAAAUGGCAAAUACGUGAAAAAAAUACCGAUAGAAAAACCUCAGGCGCAGGAAGAUCCCGUUGACAUCAUCGAAGACCUGACCUAUUGUGAAAUUUGCGGAACAAAUACGAACGAAGAUCGUCUUCUUUUGUGUGACGGUUGCGACUUGGGUUUCCACCUCUAUUGCCUCACCCCACCGUUGGACGAAGUACCCGAGGGUUCUUGGUACUGCACCCAAUGCAGCAUAAGCAUCGGAAGGUUAAACAGGGAGGAGGUAGAGAGGUCCCUGAUGGCGGGACGUAAUAUGGACGAAGAUUCGACUUAUAACGUUGGCGGCAGAAGUCACUUUUCUAGAUUAAUCCCCCGCACCCGACAGGCGGAGCUGGUGCGUCGCCGGGUGGAAAACUCCCGCACCCAGAGACGCCUCAACGCGCCCUCCACCUCCGCCGGCCAAGUGCGGCAACACCGCGCGACGAGCACCACCGGCGGCGCGAAAAAAAAGCGACGCAAAACGAAAAAACGUAAAAAACGCGCGAAACGCGUCACCACCGUGUGGGUCCUGAACGAGUUCGGGGAGGCCGUCGCGCAAACUAAACGGGUCAGACGUAAAAAACGCCCUAAAAGAAAAUCGUCGAAAAUAAACGAAAAAUCGACGAAAAAACGACUUUCCGCACAACUAGGCAUCUGCGCGCCAUCGCACUCCGAUCAAAUUUUACCGGACAUUAAAGUCACCGGUGAGAGCGGUUCGAUCCGGCAACAACGCUUUCGAGCGGGGAUCCCCCAGUUGGACCUGUUUGGCACCACCAAUCGCCUGGACGAUUACGUCCCCUCGGGCGGGGAAGACGAAACGACCGGACGUGAGGACACUUUGGUGUCCAGACGCGUCAACCCCUUGAGGAGGGUUAUGAGACAUAAGGCGUCCAUCGUCGACCAUAAUUCAACUGUGUCGAGCUCUACGGACAUCCUGGACAGCAUCAUGCAGUCGCAAGAGAUUCUAUUGUCCAAGGACACCGUUCUGUCCGUAGUGGACUCCAGUGGCAAAUUAAAAUGCACCAAAAAAUCAGAGAAUAACAAUCAAGCGGGCACACCUGAUCUGAACCCCGUUGAUUUCAGUAGGCCGGACUUCGGGUCCUUUAGGGCCAAAGAGGUUCCGCUGAAUGACCGAUACAACUCGGGCGGGUACAGACCGAACAACCGCUAUUGGCAAAACAAUCAAAGAAACUGGCAAAAUAAUCAGGGAGGCAGAUAUCGGUCGAAUUAUCAUCAACAUCAACAUCAGGCCCCAACCGGUUUCGGACGUAACAGCAGUAACCAUCCUCAGGAGGAGUCUUACAACAACGACACACCUCAGGAUUACACUCAAAGGACUUUGUGCGAGGCGGAGGAGGAAGAAAAGGACAAGGACAGCAACGAGGCGGUGGACAUCUAUUGCGACAUAGAGGAACCACCUGAAAUCGGGUCGACGAGUCAAGAGUACCGACCCCCCCCCUCCCCGCAGAUGACGGAGCCGAUCGGAAACGAGGAGGAGGACAACGAUUCCGAGUCGGGCAUGGUCAUCGACACGGACCCGGUGUCCUCUACGGCCUACAGCCCCGGCCACCCCACCUACAGCCCCUCGCAGAACUACAGCCCGGGGGCGCCGACCUACAGCCCCGCCCGUAGUAACAGUACCGAACCCGCUCCGCAAGAGGUGGUCGAACCGCCCGCGAGCGGUUUCGAACGCUUACAGCGAGAGUUGGCUUCCGGUUACGAGUCUCUGCAGCGCGAAAUCGCUUCCGGUUACGACGAGCUACAGAAAGAGUUCGCUUCCGGUUUCAAGGAGUUUCAACGCGACGAGGAACUCGUUUCCGGUCGGGGGGAGGAGGACGUGGUGACGAACAUCCCCGUACCCCCGGAAAUUGACAAUUCAAACGUCCCUUGUCCUCCGGUCAAGGAGAGCGCCGACGAUUUGGGGGAAAAUCAAUCGGAUCUGAAUCGGGAGAUCGGGGGGGCCACUGAUUUAAGGGAAAAUCAAACGGACCCAAGUCGGGAGAUCGGGGGGGCCAGAGUUUUAAGCCAAGUGGAUAUCUCAGUUAUUUCGAACCCUCCUGCCCUGGAUACUAGUGACCUCUUGAACGUUAGUGCGACAAACCCUAAUCGGGACGAGGAGGAAUUAUCCGACGACGGGUGUCCUAACUUCAGUAUUUACUCGAAACAAAGCAAAACGGUCGCUUUGACAACCGAUUUAUCUCUGCCUGCACCUAAACAGCCGGUUUUAGGGGACAUUGACUCGAUAACUGAUGAGUCCCGAUCAGAACCGGCCACGCCUCAGAAAGUGACGGUGGAAAAAACCGGUUCUGAUCCUCGUUUGAUGAAAAAGGGUUGGAACUUGGGAGCCUUGUACAGUGACUCUGAGGAUGAAACGGUUGUGAAGAAAUCCGGCCAGUUUGGCAUCAAUGACUUGAAGGAUAUGACAGAGGAGAUCUUGAGUGAGGAGGAGAGAAGCUAUACGCCGCUGGUGCAAGAGAGAGAGAGGGAGAACUUGGACACCGAAAUGAUCUCCGAUGAGGAGGACAAAAAUGACUUCGAUGAGUCUCAAGAGUUAAAAGUGGUCUCGGAUGCGGAUGCUUUGGAAAUAAACGCUAAAGAGUCCGAGAUUGACUUUACCAGACCCGAUGAGUUCGAGGAGGGGGAGAUUGUCGAUAAAACAAAGGCCGCCUUAGCAGAAAAGGCCUCUGAUGAGAAGAAAGAGGUCAACAACAAGAAGAAGAAGAAGAAAAAAAGCGACCCAGGAAGCUUGGCCAACAAGGAGAACGUGGAGGGGCAAGAAGAACAGUUUAAGAAACUGAGCAAGAGCACCAAGGAGCGCAACUAUCGCGACAAGGACAAACGAUCGCGCUCCAAAUCCCUCGACAAGGACAGCAGCAAUAACAGUAAAAAAAAGAAAGAGAAACGCAAAGAAUUGGAGAGGUACAACGUGCGCGCGAUCAUCGCGGAAAAACCGAGACCCCCACCGAAAGACCAGUUCGGCCGCGACGUUCGGACCUCCUUGUCUAGGAGCCGCUCCUACACCCCCCCGGUGACCCAAACCCCGCCCUCGCGGGCCCCCACCACACCCGUCAAACAACGCAAAUCAAGGUCGGCGUCCCCCCGCGGAAGGACCCCGCCGAGGAAAAGGUCGCGCUCCAAGUCCAAGGAUAAGAAGCGCAAAGGUCGCGCGAGACGUUCAAGGUCGCGCGGACGCAAGCGCGAAAGAUCGAAGACGAAAAAGCGAAAAGAGAGCGCGAAACGUCGGAAAUCCAAGGGGGCGAAAAAGAGACGCAGGAGCAGAUCGAGGACGCGCUCGGUCUCUGUUAGACGGAGGCGCGAGUGGACGCCGUCCUUGUCGCGCUCGUUAAGCCCCCCCUCGCCCUCCUGGACCCCCCCGAGGAGCCAGAACCUCACCGUCAUAUUAAACAACGAGGGGGCGAAAAAGAAAAAGGACAAACGCGCUAAAGAUAAACAACGUAGCGAGGAGGUGGCGAGUAAAAAAAGACGAAGGGAGCGAGAUCGGACCCCGCCGCCGUCCAAAGAGGUCUUCGCCUCCGGUGACAAUAUUUUAGUCAGCGUCAGUUUUAAUAACGAGAGUGAGACGAGAGAAGUGAGAGGGAAAAAGAGCGCCGCCGCGAUAGAAAGAAACCGGGAGAGGAGGAACAAAAAUCGCGCGGACCUAAGUGGGGUGAAACCGGUGGCCAUUAUCGACCUGGACCGGUCCCCCUUCCAGGAGCUGCCCCCCUCCCCAAAAGACGUCAUCGUAUUGAGCGAUAGCGAUAAUAACGAGGCGGAAAUGGGGGGGGACGUGCAGAAUAACUUGUGCGACUCCUCACAGCAGGUGGCCAGUCCGGAGGUGACCCCCAGUUACCCGAUGGGGCCCAAGACGCCUCCCGAACCGAGCGUUAAGUUCGCCUUAAAUGCUAAACCGGCUCAGUUGCGUGCUAUUAACAACCCCUUGCACGACCCCUUGGAGACUAUUGAGGAGGAGGAACCCGCUGAGGAGUUGGGCGGGGCGCAUAAGGGCCCUAAUACGCCUCCGGAGGAGCCUCCCACGUCACCGCCGAGCUCCCCGGACGCUUACGACCCGUUUGAGCCUACUAAGAGCAGGUCACCCACGCCGGAACCGCGUGAGGACCAAAAAGACGAGGACAGACAGAACCAGAAUCCAAUAAUUGAGAAGAACUCGUCAAACAUGGACCUCGAAACUAGUGGACAAACGCCUGAUAUAAUCCGCUCCCUGACACCUCCAAUGCCCGAUAUACAACCGGCGGAUUCUCAGAGUAGCAUCCAAGAGAUCAUCGAAACCUCGUGUUCGCCCCCUAAAAAUCAACUGCAACCCCCUGGUAAUAAUAACGGGAAACCAGUGGGGCAAACUGCGCCCUUCAACACAUCUACGGUGCAAACCACUUUGGUGUCCUCCACGCCUGUUUCGAGCACGAUAACCGUCUCCAGGAUUAACAUUCUCAGUUCGUCGCUGAUCACUCAAUCGUCCGCGGUGCCUCAGAGGGUCCUACUCGCCAAUCAGGCGACGAAACCGGUGGCGAAAUCCGCCCCGAUAAAACCUCAACUCGCGACCAAUAAGAAAUCGUCAACAGUAAAAAACGGCAACAGUUUGGACGACGUUAAUUUGGACUUUGAGUCUCCUUACUCGCCGGGGUCGAGUGACUACGAGGACCUCUUUGAGCCGCCCAGUGAACCGGUCAAACCGAAGUCUACGAAGGUUAAAUCGGGUAAGAAAGCGGGCGGUUCGGUGUUCGAUAAUUUGUUCGGGUCGCCGCCGGUUUAUAAUAAGGCGAAGAAGAAGGGUGGGGGAGGCGGCAAGAAGAUGAGCAACAAAACGAAACACGUGGGAGUGAAGAUCGACGAUGAUAGUCUGAAGAUCUUGGAGGAGUUGCCCAAUUCCGCCGUGGAGAUGCAGGUAAAAGAUAAGUUCCUUAAGAAGCUGAACAGGCAAGAGCGCGUUGUGGAAGAAGUCAAGCUGGUUCUAAAACCGUUUUACAACAAGAAGAAAAUUACGAAGGACGAGUACAAAGACAUUAUGCGACGAGCAGUACCCAAGAUAUGCCACAAUAAAUCGGGUGAAAUUAACCCGAUAAAGAUCCGAAGUCUGAUCGAGGCUUACGUGAAGAAAAUCAAGCACAGCAAGAAAGUGACGUCAUCGAGCUCGUUACCGCAGAAGAACGCGUAGUUGUACUUUAAAACUUUAGGCUAAAAGAGUUUUUUAAUUAAUUUAACUUGUACAUAUACUGAGUAUGUAAUUUUAUUGAUUAAAUUAUACGGAACGAUAGUUGUUAAGUUAUAUUAAGUUUCUUGUGAUUAUCUCUUGACUCUGUAUAUCAUUAUGGUACUUUUUAGAACAAUGUGGAAAAAUAUAAUGUGUAUAUUGCACAGAA